AUGUUCAGAGGGAUUACCGAGGCGAUUCUGCUCAGAAAGAAGUGCUGUUACGAAAGACGAGCACGGUACCAGGACAACGCGUCAAGUCGGCAGGACGUUGUCCUCGAUGCGCGAGAUGUAGACGUAGCAGUCCGUGCCGUGGCCCUCCAUGGAGAGGAGCUUGAGGUCCCCCCCAAACAGCGUCGCGUAGACCUUGGCGAGGGGCAGCGCGUGGCCCUCGUCGGACGCCGGGCUCAGCACGUCGGGUGCACCCCCCUGGAGCGAUGCCGGCCCGAGCGCCUGGCAGAGCGACUGGUCCGCGAGGUCGUUCGCGACCUCCUUAUAAUUUCGCGACGCGGCGGAGAAGGAGAAGAUGCGGUUGAGCUUGGAGCGCGGGAUGCCGCCGGCCGUGUCCGAGACCUUGACCACGACGUCCGAGUUGUCGUCGGCGUCGGCGAUGACGACCGUCACCUCGCCGAGGGGCUCGCCCGUCGCCGCGCUCUUCACGAACGCCGCGCGCGCCGCGUUCCGCAGCACAUCCCUCAAGAUCUUGUAGAGGUGCCGCGGCAGGAACGGGAUGGUCGCGCCCUCGCCGCGGCCGAAGAGCCGGAACCGCGGCAGCCGGCCCUCCGGGUUCCGCGGGCUCCGCAACACUUCCUCCUGCACGUCGGCGAUGGCCUGGACGCUCACGUCGAAGGGCGACAUCUCGCGGUCCACCAACCCGCAGACCGAGGGCUUCGGGUGCGCGCGCAGCUCCGCGGCCUGCGCGUCGUAGAGCGACCGCGCGCGGAGCAGCUCGUCGGGCUCGAGCACGCCGUCGCCGUCCGCAUCCAAGCCGCCGAACGUCCCCCAGAGGUACGCGCUCUCGCCCUCGGACGCGAGGCGGCAGGCCCGGUGCUGGCCGAGCAGCAGCCGCAGCGUCAGCCGCUUCGCGUAGAAGUCCGAGAGGAAGGCGUCGACCUCGUCGCUCGCCGCCGGCGCGCGGUGCAGCCAGCCGCCGUCGUCGAGCGCGCCGAAGACCUUGGCGCGCACGGCCCGGCCCGCCUCGCGCACCUCGUCGAGCGCGUCGCCAAAUUUAGCUUCGCGCUCGAGGAACGUCGCGCUCGGCUUCCGCCGCCACGUCGCCCACUCCGGCGGCGGGCUCACCUCCGAGAUCUUCGCGGCCGAGGCGCCGUACCACGCGAUGAGCUCGUCGAAGGCCGGCAGGCCCGCGAGCGACGCCGGCGCGCCGUCCUCGAGGCUCACGGCCAUGCGCGCGAGGAGCGGCGGCAGCACGCCGUGCAGGUACGCGCCCGCGCGGCGCCGGUCCGCGACCUCGCCCGUGAGCUGUUCUAGUGUUACGCGGGGCGUGCGGACCUUGGCCAGCGCUCGCACGGCGGCGGAGGCCAUUCUAGCUUUCCUCUCCGGCUGCCUGGCUUUUGGACGAACUAGGAUUAGGCGUCCCUCGCACAAAACAAGCCUGGCCCCCUUACUGUAUGGCCUCAGAUUGCAAAACGCUCU